GUAGAUUCCGCCUAAAAGGAAGCCCCAAGCGGCUCCCCGACGUUAUGAGCACUUCCGGUCUGAAAAAUAAGCGCCGUUUUCUCACUUCGAACUUACUUCUAAGGGGUUUUCACCAUAGACGCGCGUCGCACAGUGGUGUACGCCAUUUCCGGGUGGAGUGCGUGCGGCGGCGGCGGCAACAUCGUUCAGACCAAUAUGCCCAAGUUUUAUUGUGAUUACUGUGAUACUUACCUCACCCAUGACUCUCCAUCUGUGAGAAAAACCCAUUGUAGCGGCAGGAAACACAAAGAAAAUGUAAAAGACUACUAUCAAAAAUGGAUGGAAGAGCAAGCACAAAGCCUGAUUGAUAAAACAACGGCUGCGUUUCAACAAGGGAAAAUCCCACCCACUCCAUUCUCUGCUCCACCUCCAGGAGGAGCUAUGAUACCACCACCACCCAAUAUCCCUGGUCCUCCACGACCUGGUAUGAUGCCAGCACCCCAUAUGGGUGGACCUCCAAUGAUGCCAAUGAUGGGUCCACCUCCCCCAGGAAUGAUGCCAGUUGGACCUGCUCCAGGAAUGAGGCCGCCUAUGGGAGGACACAUGCCCAUGAUGCCAGGGCCUCCAAUGAUGAGACCUCCAUCCAGACCUAUGAUGGUGCCAACCAGACCAGGAAUGGCUCGUCCAGAUAGAUAAAGUGGAAGGGGACUCACCAUGCCUCCUCUUUUAUUUUAUGUAUGCUCUUCUGUAACAGGCCCAGGAGUUGCAUUGUCCAGCAUACCACAAAAACCAGCUUGUUUUUUAAAAGUCUGCAGGAUCAGUGUUUGUGUCUACGGGAGGGGAAAGGGACAAGUAGGAGUACUGGACUAAUGUUUUGCAACUGAUUUCGAAUUCAUUUGCUUGU